CGCCACACCACGUGAUUGGAGGCUUUGACGGAACGCGUGCGCGCGCCACCGAGUGAGUGAGUGCCCGAGCGAGACAGAGAGCGGCUGUCUGCCUCCUUUCUGGUGCUUCCUGACGCCGCAGUGCUUCGCCGCUCUCCCCCGCCUGCACACCCCCGCGCCGAACCCCUCGAGCUACCUGCUGUCACGUCGCCCGUCCCUCCUCCACCUCCCCCCGGCGGAUGCCUCGGUCCUUCCGCGAGCUGCAAAUGCACGCUGCCCCCGCCGCCUCCCUGGAAGCAGGACGAGGCGACCGCACGCGUUCUUCCACCCUCGACUGAGGCGAGCGCGCUGCGGAUUGGACCCCGAGGAAAGGCGCACCAGGGGCGCAAGGAGAAUCGAGGAGAGACGCCGGUGGCUGGGACGGUGGCCAGGAGCUCUUUUCGGUCAAGCAUUGGCAUAGAAAUGAGGAAUAUGCGCCCCCUUGUGGAGACACCGUCUGCAGAAAUGAUGCAAGUUGAGGCUGGUGGUCUCGUGGAACGAUGGCACAUGUGAACGUCGACUUUUCGAGUGCAUGGGCGGACAUGAUGAAAGCCGUCGGGUAAACAAGCCAUGCCUGUGCCAGAGCAGCCCACCGAGCAGGAGAAAGGAGCCGCGGUUCCCCCGGUGAUGUCGGCCUCCAACGGAGACCGGUCCGAGACGGAGACGACCUCCUCGAUCCUGGCCUCGGUCAAAGAGCAGGAGCUGCAGUUUGAGCGCCUGACCCGGGAGCUUGAAGCCGAGCGUCAGAUCGUUGCCACCCAACUCGAGAGAUGCAAGCUGGGAUCGGAGGCCGGCAGCAUGAGCAGCAUCAGUUCGGCAGAUGAACAGUUUCGGUGGAAUGCUCAAGCCGAUGGACAAAAGGAUAUUGAGGAUGAGUUGACCACCGGUUUGGAGUUGGUGGACUCCUGCAUCCGUUCCCUCCAGGAGUCGGGAAUCCUUGACGGUGUGGAAAGACCGGCGCUCCUCUCCCAGAGUUCCUUGCAGCUCAACUCCACCCCGGAGGCUUCGCUCCAGUACUCUGCCAGCUACCAUAGCAACCAGACCCUCGCCCUUAGCGACAGCAUCUCCGCAGCAUCUCCUCAGCGCAGCGGGCAGGUUGGGGGAGCCGUGCACAGCUAUAACCAGGUGACUUCGAGCCGUGCAGCCCAGCAGCAACAAUCGCAAAGUGGGGCAGGGUCGGGCAUCUACUACUCCAGCUCCACUUUACCCGCCCAGCGAGUCAAUUCCCCUCUGUGUGGUGGGGGAGGGGGUUCGGGCCCAGGGUCCCCCAAUAAACUCCAACGCCUGGGAUCGGCGUCUGAUUCUCUGGGGUACUCCACCGCUCAACGGCUGCCUUCCUCCUCCUCGUCUUCUCCCAGCAAACAGUGUCCUGCUAAUCGCCUGGCUAAGUCAUUCAGCACCAACGUUGCCGUGACGACAGGGGGUGGCGGAGGUUCUCCCUUGAGGUUGGCCUCUCCACCCACAUCCAGUGGCACCGGGGGAGGGGCAGGCUCAUCUUCUCCCCUUCAUCAGAUGAGCUCGGGCAUUGGCAGUUAUGCCACUUUGUCUCCCAAACGGCUCGCGGCUCACCACGCCUCCGACCAGUACAAGAUUUCCCAUGAGCUCUACGCAACCGCUACACUCCAGAGACCCGGCAGUCUAGCAGGCUCCCGCGGCUCCUACAGUAGUCAGCACAGCCAGGAGCCCCUGCGACCCCUGGGGUCCCCAGAGCGCCAUAUCGAGCCCAUAUAUGAAGAACGUAUCUACCACAACAAGGGUCCCAUGAGGAGCCUCAGCCAGAGCCAGGGGCCCGACACCGGCCCCUAUCGCAACAACACCGACUUCUCCCACUGUCUCCAUGAGCAUGUCCUAAGUUAUGUCCUUUGUCCCUACUUUCCUGCCAUAGCUCCCUCCUCCCCUGGUGUCGACUCCACCCCUUUGCAGCGAACAGGAAGUCACGGCACGGGAACGGCAACCUACGGCCGCGGCGGGAGCAGCAACUAUGCCACGGUGGGACCGGGCUACACCACCAGCGUGGGAGGAGGCGACAUGUACGGCUCGGACCCCUACGUGGCCGACCCUUACCGCACCCUGCAGUACUGCCCCUCGGUGGUCGAAUCACCGUAUAGCAAGUCUGGGCCCGCCUUACCGCCAGAAGGCACCCUGCAACGUUCGCCUUCCGUUGACUCCAUUCAAAAGGACCCCAGGGAGUUUGGCUGGAGGGAUCCCGAGCUGCCAGAGGUGAUCCAGAUGCUGCAACAUCAGUUCCCAUCUGUGCAGUCCAAUGCUGCCGCAUACCUUCAACACCUCUGCUUUGGAGACAACAAGAUCAAAGCUGAGAUCCGCAGACAAGGCGGCAUCCAGCUGCUGGUCGACCUGCUGGACCACAGGAUGAGCGAGGUUCACCGCAGUGCCUGCGGAGCUCUGAGGAACCUGGUUUAUGGCAAGGCCAAUGACGAGAAUAAAGUGGCCCUGAAGAACUGCGGAGGGAUCCCAGCGCUGGUCCGCCUUUUGAGGAAAACGGGAGACGUUGAAAUCAGAGAGUUGGUCACAGGCGUCCUGUGGAACCUGUCGUCAUGUGACGCUCUCAAGAUGCCAAUCAUCCAAGAUGCGCUGGCUGUGCUGACCAACAGCGUCAUCAUCCCCCACUCCAACUGGGACUCCUCCCCCAAUCACCAUGAUGACCGCAAGCUCCAGCUUCAUACUUCCCAGGUGCUGCGAAAUGCCACCGGUUGCCUCAGGAACGUCAGUUCGGCGGGCGAGGAGGCGAGACGGAGGAUGCGGGAGUGUGACGGUCUGACGGACGCUCUGCUCUACGUCAUCCAGACUUCUCUGGGAAGCAGCGAGAUCGACAGCAAGACUGUGGAGAACUGCGUUUGCAUCCUGAGGAACCUGUCCUACCGCUUGGCAGCCGAGACGUCCCACGGCCAGCAGGGAGGCUUGGAGGAGCUCGAUGGCCUCCUCUGUGACUCCGGCGGUCGCGACGGAGAGAGCUCCGGCUGUUGGGGCAAGAAGAAGAAGAAAAAGAAGGGUGCUGACCAGUGGGACGGUGUUGGCCCCUUUCCAGACACGGUGGAUCCCCCUAAAGGAGUUCAAAUGCUCUGGCACCCCACCAUUGUCAAGCCCUACCUCACCCUGCUGUCCGAAUGCUCCAAUCCCGACACCCUGGAGGGAGCGGCCGGAGCCCUGCAGAACCUGGCUGCUGGCAGCUGGAAGUGGUCUGUGUACAUCCGGGCCGCUGUCCGUAAGGAGAAAGGACUCCCCAUCCUGGUGGAGUUACUGCGGAUCGAUAACGACAAAGUUGUGUGCGCCGUGGCCACCGCUCUGAGGAACAUGGCGCUGGACAUCCGGAACAAGGAGUUAAUCGGUAAAUACGCCAUGCGAGACUUGAUCCAUCGACUACCAGGCAGCAGCAGUAACAACAACGCCCCCAGCAGCGGGACCUUGAGUACUCCAGGUCCAGCCAGCAAGGCCAUGUCUGAUGACACCGUCACCGCCAUCUGCUGCGCACUACACGAAGUCAUCACCAAGAAUAUGGAGAACGCCAAAGCCCUGCGGGACGCCGGUGGAAUUGAAAAACUGAUUGGCAUCGCCCGCAGUAAAGGAGAAAAACACUCGGCCAAGGUGGUUAAGGCGGCCUCUCAGGUGCUCAGCAGCAUGUGGCAGUACAGAGACUUGCGUUCCCUCUACAAAAAGGAUGGCUACUCUCCAUAUCACUUUGUGGGCUCCGCCUCUACAAUAGAGCGAGACCGACAGAGACCAUACUCAUCUUCUCGAACUCCCUCCGUGUCGCCUAUCAGGACAUCUCCAAAUAACCGCUCCGCAAGCGCUCCAGCCUCUCCAAGAGAGAUGAUGAGUCUGAAGGAACGCAAGAUGGACUACGAUUCCACAGCAACCAAUGCUGGUUUCCAUAGCAACAAAGGCGAGCACACAUCCCGGAAAGAUGGCAUGGCAGUGUCCUGUGGAACGUCUACAUUGUUCCGAAAUUCAUACCUGACAGCCAGCGAUGAUAUCAAGCCAAACCAGGCCCCAGUUCAGCCCUGCACCAUGCCCCCGCAGCCUCAACAGGACAGUCCGUCAACAGCCGUGCUAAAAGACUACGACCAUUACCCACCCCCUCCCUCCUUCCCCCAGCCUCUGCCUCCGCCUCACAGCCAGAGCAGGAGCUUCGACGAGGCCUACUACGAGGACCAGGGACCGCCUCCGCCGACCCAGCCCCAGCCCCAGCCCCAGGUCCAAGCACAGGCUCAACCUCAGGCCCAACCCCAGCAGGCUCCCAGUGCCGCCGGGCCUCCUCGGGACCCACGGGAGGACCUGCGCAUGCAUCUGGGCCUCAAGUCCACUGGCAACUAUGUAGACUUCUAUUCGGCAUCGCGGCCGUACAGCGAAUUGAACUACGAGACCAGCCACUACCCAGCCUCGCCUGACUCAUGGGUCUAAUUAGGCUGAUGAAGACGAUGUUGUCGAUGAUGAAGAGGGGUUCACAUGUGUCUCUGUGUGUGGAGGGGAUUUUUUUGUUGUUGUUGCUUUAUUUCCAAGCACAUCAAGUUUGCUGAGUAAUCUUGAACCCCCUGACAAGGACUUUUGAUGCUCUCUCAAAACAAGAGCAAGAACGUGUAAUGAAGUCAGGACAAGUGACAAACAAUGCAUGUGCAUGCAUUAUUUUUUUUCGUUUUUUACUUUUAUUUUAACCGCUGCUCACUUUACGUUUUCAACCUCAUCUCUGCUCACCUGAGUGAGUGGAAGGUGUAUGAGGGGCCAAAAACGCUCUAGGCAGAAUAAAUAAGUCAUCAAAGAAAGCAAACACGAAAGGCACAGGGAGAUGACUCAAGAGGAGGAGGCGAGCGAAGGAUGACCGUGUGAAUGGGAUCAAAGAGCUUUUAUUGGUCGGAGGAGUCCUGACCGUUUUGUUGAAGGCGGCGAGAGCAAAGAGAAGAUGACUCGCAUGAGGAGGUCAGGAAGAAUCUAAGCAUAUCAGAUAUGAGGAGCAAAGUGGGUACCUCCUACUUUGCCUAAACGUAGCACUGCUUCAGUCCCCUGCCGUUUUUUGUUUUUGUUGUUGUUCUUGUUAUUGCCUUUUUGCCCAUGGAAGCCUCUGUUUUUAUUUCUACGCAAUGUCAUUUUUUUUCUACAUUUUUUCGAUUUUUCAAGAAGUUAUUUUAUGUAUUACAAACGUAACGGUGCUCACAAAUGUUCUUUCAUUUGAUGAUUGUUUGUGAUUUGGUUUUAAGAGGAAAGCAAAAAAAAAAAAACAACAUGAAUAAGAACAUAAGAAGCGGACUUGAAGAACACAAUGGAAGUCAGCACCAUCCCAAUUUUGCAGUAUUUGUGUUAGUCGAACUUCAUCCAAUUGAAUAUUUUGGUGGAAAAUGGAAAUGCACACACACGGAGAGUGCUUUUUCACUGCCUCAAAGAGAAUAUAUUUCCAAGCACAGUUUGUGUUUGAGAAAGCUCAUCUUGUCUUUAGCAAAGGAGGGGGACAGCAUCAACACUUCGUCAAGAGUAAAUAUUGUACAAUCCAAUGUAAACUAAAGUGACGAAGGACAAGAAAGACCUUGCCAAACUCCAAGCUCUCUCGGGUCAAUCCUGGAUGACUUUAACAGGACAUUCCGUCUCAGUUUUCAGACACUGACUGGAUGUCUCGCUCUGCUGUUUGUAACUUUUAUGUCGCUGUGCUCCCCGCCCCCACCCCCCAAUCCAGAUAUUACUGGGAAAUGUGGGUAGCUUCCCUUUGGUGUACUGUGUAGAGCUGUCCUCGGUGUCAGCUCUGAGCAAUUGCGGGCGCAUGUACGGAUGCGUGUGUGUUGGUGUGCAUGUCGGUGACAGAAUGUGUGGCCUGCGUGCAGACACAUUCAUUCGGGUGAACGUAUUUAUGCAUGCAUGUGUGAAGUCGUGCGCGUAUGCCUCCGUUGUGUGUCUGUGCAAAUCAGUGUCAUGCAAGGCAUUCUUACCGACGGUCAGUCUGGUUCUGCUAAUCACGGUCCAAUCACUAGAAUGAAUUGUUGAAAUAGAAUCUAUAAAUAUAUGAAUAUAAAUAUAUAAUUUUUAUGUGCAGAUAUCAGUGUCACUAAAGCGCAGUGUUUGCAGAGAAAAAAAAAAAGAGACCUGGUGUACAAACAGAACUUGAAUUCACUUGCUCUAAUCGUGAAACAGCCGGCUCCCUGGCGCCCCGCCCGACCGUCCUUCCCCUGAUGAGACAACAGAGAAAUCCCACCUGAAGAUGCUCAGGCUCUGGUGCCAGUUGUGUGUUCCUGUGUAUUGAUGCUUCUUAAAUGACCCUGCUGAGAAAGGACCGUAUUUGAACACAUGCAGAAAUUAAAAAAUUCUUGGAGCAAACAUAAACCAGUUCAUUUAAUAUUUGAGUAACACAAGAUGCUACAUGACCCCCCGUACCAGCUGCUAGCAGAAAUCAGGGCACGCUUCAGUCAUGCAUAACUUUUUCCCCCUUUUUUUUGAAGCCUUUUGAAAAGGUUUUUGCUAAAAAAAACAUUUUUUGCUCUCAGGUUCUUACCCGCUCGACCCCCUUAGAUGUACAUCCGCGGCUUCUUUUUUUUUUUCCUGACACUUGGAAGCGAUGCAGACAGCCUUUGAUCACCAGCACCUUUAAGGUAGAAUGAAGAGCACUUUAGUAAACAGACGCUUAUUUAUACAUUCAGCAGACCUGAAAGAGUAUUUGGUUUGCAUUCAUAAGGGGCCGCUUCCAUACUUCACGUGUUAAAUCGACUAUUAUCUUGGCUCUGCUGUUUGUACCGGGGAUGACCAAAGAGAAACAUUUACAAUCCAUUUUGGACUUUUAUCAACUGAGUAAACUAUAAGCUUAUAACUAUAAACUUUAAGCUGCCAAGAGUUAGAUACUCACUUAUAUUGGGCCUCGGUGUUACAUUUUGGGAUGUUACCAUUCGAACUGAACUCAUGGUUUGAUUGAUUAAAAAAAAAAAAGCCAGAAAAAAAUGAACAUUCAAAACAAAACAAGAGCUAGCCUUAAAAAUGAGGCUCUUAUUGUCACAUCACGGUCAACAGGGAGUUGAAUGUGUGUUUGGGGGGGUGCUACUGAGUGCAAUUUCCCUGUAUUGUUUUGAUGAAGUUAAGAUUGCCAUUUGGCGCUACUGUAUUCACACAAGGUAAUUGGUUUUGAUGAGCUAUCUCUCCAUGCUGCCGAAUAGAAACUAAAACACGCCAAAAGAAGUCAAAUGAGUGGUUGGUAGUUUUGUCAGGGAAUCACUGAACAUUUUCUUAUGCACACCAUUGCACUUUUUCGCUCUCUUUACUGCUCGUCGUCUGGCACAUGCGCACAUCAUGGUGUUCCGUUAGAUAUUGAGCGGUCUAUGGAGAUGGGUCUUGACUAUUCAUGCAUGUUGGUGCCGCUGCAGGAGAGCCGGCUGUCUCCUGCAGACAGUGCUGCAUAUGCGUAAGUGUGCAUGUGGAUGUGCGUGUGACGGCCACGUGAGGAAUUUCCGAAAAUGACAACAAAGUGUCAUUUUCUGAAGGUGACAGCAAAGUGUGUCUGCAGACAGCACUGUCUACAGAGAAUAUUUGAAGGCAAUCAUGGCUGUUAACUACUUCUGCUGCGACAGAAGAAACUGGUAUGGAGUCGCAGGAAGCUGCAUAUGGGGCACGCAAGAAUGAAACAUAAAAGGCAAAGGAGAGAAGGCAUCUCUCUGUAGCGGCGUGAUGAGAUGUUCACUUCUAUGCUGGCACCUCAUACUGAAUUGCUGGCCAGUAGCUGCAUUGAGGACGUUCUACAUCCGUACUUCAAGCAGCCAGUGAUCGAAGGGAACCAAGGCAUGAUUUCAUGCGUUUGAGGGAGUGCAUGCAUGUGGGUGCAUGAACCUGUCUGUCAUUUUGAGCAAAAGCAUUCACCUGUGACGUCCUCAUUCUGUCUCUUUCCAAGAUAUCGACUAGGUGCUUCUCCUCGCGCACACACACACACACACACGCUGAGAUAUCAGCCAUGGGCAGUUGUGGAGAUCACUGACUUGAGGAAAGUAUUCCCCCCAAGGUAGUAAAGCAGUUUUAAUGUGUGCCUUGGAUUUACACUCUGAGUAAAUGAAUGUUCUCUGCGCUAACUCAUAACUCUCUCCAUAUACAUCAAAAAGGAAAAUGGAGGGCACACCUAAAAUGACCCAUAAAGGACGGCAGAGGUAAUGGUAGCGCUUUUCAUGAGCUCGGUGUUACUUUUCUGCUUUGGGAACAACAGAAGAGCAGGCACAAAGUGCUCACAGCUGGAGAUUGAAAUGAAGUGAAGCGGUACUUUGCUUCUUAGUGGCCACGGACACGUAUACAAUUGUCAAUGGGCACAACAUUACAGUCGAAUGGGUGGGUAAUCUUUCUCUUAUCGGUGGCAUUUCCUUUUUAGACUAAAAGCAGAACCACAUUAACACGUGUUGCUUUACUAAUUAACACAAAGGGUGAUGAUGACGGAAUGCUUAGCGGUAGGCCACCAUUAGAUUUCUUGUCAAUGCUACGACGAUUGGUGGCUUGAUAUUGCUUUGCCAUGUUGUUCUUACUUUUCUCCGUCUUCCUCGUCUGCUCAUGAUGCGUUUGUCUCCACCUGCCCUCGUCUGCCCUGCACCCCUUUUGUCAACCAAUCUGGUCUCUCAUUCCGCUCAUGUCUUUCACAGGAAUGCCUCAUUGUCUCGACAGUUUGUUCGGUUCCCCGCUGCCUGUCAUCGUGAGUGGCAAGGACCCCUUAUUUGAGUUGAUUGACAUUGAUUUGUUGACUUUGUAACCUGGCCUUUGGACCUUUGGUAUUUUAGUAUAUUUUUUGCUCUUGCUACCAUGUGCUUUUGUUUGCCAUUUUGGGAGGGAAUAAAUACUUUUUGACACUU